GGCUUAUAUGAGUGGAUGCAGUUGGUCAACGUACAGAAUCUCGCCCACCAUCCAGCAGUUCUGUGAAUACCAGUUAUAUGCGAGGAAUUUCGCCGAGGCGUUCGCAUGAAGGUUCCUCUCAAAGUGGGACGAUUAGAAAUUCUUGUUCCAGAUCUCCUUCAAAGGUUCCCAUUCCAGCUUGUAUAUUCUUUUCUCGUAACUUUCUAUUGACAGACUUGGGGGGGGUAAACAGCUGUCUAUAAUGCACUCGCGAGAAAGUUUGGGCAUGGACUGUGCUUUUGUGAAACCUUCUGCUUCUGCUAACAAGGUGCGAAGUUCUGUGUUCCACCGUCAAGGUUUGAACUUCAAUGGCAUUCGCGUCAGGUGUUUAGCUCUUCCGGGGGAAAAAUUACAUCCUCGGCGGAGAUUAGUUCACAUGAGAAAGAGAAUGUAAUGUAUGCGUCUUCUCGAAAUUACAAGGAUGACCGGACGGAUCGCUUGAGAAGGACGAGAGGGCGUAUUAUGAUGAUGCGCAAGCCUUCUCUCAGCAAACUAUCUGCCCCAAAUAAUUAUGACAAAAAGGAACAAACCCACGGUUAUUCGCCUGCUCAGUGGAGCUUGUCCCGACUCUGCUCAGGUGGUUUCGACAAAUGUUUUGGACCCUCUGAUUUUGAUGAUCAACUGUCUUUCCAUACGACCGAACUUUCUCCAAUUCUGGAGAGUUCGGAAAACUUCGGCAAGCUGUCUAUUCACUCAAGGACUAGUUCAUAUGAUAGUCUCGACACCAGUGACGAUGAAUGUCCUACAUGGUCGCACCGUUUUGAAGCAGUAUUCGAUAGGGUACACACGGCUAACAAUAGCCUGGUUUUCAAGAAACAAGCCGAAGGUGAUAACAGUACUCACGUAUCCGAAGUUUUAACCACGGAGCGGCCAUCUCUCAUGCUCACGCUUCCUACCCCAGAAUUACCAAGUACACCUGCCUGGACGCCUUCCCCACUUCCCCUCACCGUCUCGCAGUAUGUUGUCGCAGUCGAUGCAGGUGGCUAUGACGCUCCUGCCCCGCCUUUCCCUCCAUGUUAUGGUGAUAACUUCGGCUAUACUCCCAAGUGCUCGGCAUGCGAAAAGCAGUGGCUAGCUUGCACUCUCUGGUUUCACGCGAGGCAAAAGAGAACAGCGUCGUCACACUUGGAACGACCUUAUCUUCGAGGAGAAGUGUCGACUGCUACGAAUCGUGCGAUUAUGGGUUCUCUCGGGCUACCUAUUGGAAGCGCCAAAGCCUUGGCUAAAAUUGACGCAACUGUUCCAGAAACCGCUUAUGGGGCGACAAGGCCACACUCGGCGUUUGCGAGAAGGCAUGUUAUCGAUCGGUUUCGUAGAUUGGAUUUGAAACUGCAAUAUGAAAAAGGGCAACACGCGUUUUGGAAGAUUUGUCGAAUGGUCAAGAUGUUUGUUGCUGGUUUUACUUCCAAGGUUCGCAAACUGGGAUAA